AUGUCCCCACCACCCAGCUUUCACAAAAUUCAAUUCAUUCCAGCUGCAACUGCUUCUAAACACCUCAAACCUUCCCUCCAACAACAAAAUUCCUCACACAAACCUUCCCUCCAACAACAAACUCAUUUCGAAUGUGGAAGAUUUUUACCCUCUCGUUUUCACUCACACUUGGCACAAUUUCAAUUGAGUGAACAAGAUUUUCUGCAUUGCAUCGGAGGAGCCAAUCGAAUGCUUUUCGAAUUUCAACGUUCGAUGAAUCGUUUGGAUGAGGCCUAUCCUGAAAAUUCAAAAAAUGGAAAAUUGUGGUUGGUGUUGGCCUUCGUGUCGUCACUUCCUUCGUGUGGUCUCUCCUUGCUUCUCUAUCGUUUAUGGCCAAAAUUGAAGAAAAGAAAACGUCUUCAAAAGAUCCAAGAACUCCGAAUGCUUUGUAAACAAAAACUCGAACAAUGGAUUGAGGAAGAAAAUGAAACUUUGGCCGAAAAGGAAAUUCGUCUCGAAUUGGUAUUUGGACCAGUUCAGUAUCCAAUAUUAAACAAUGAAGAGGAAGAGGAGGAGGAAGAGCAGCAAGAACCUUCAUCGGUGAUGCCCAGAACACAUUCUCAAUCCUCAGGAAAUGCAUGGGAUGGAAUUGCCGAUGCAGAUACCACAAGCAAUGAUGGAGAUGCAGCAGAUUUUCACAAUUCCUAUGAAGAUCCAUUCACCACGGUGCAUGGAAAGCAUAUGGAUCAUAGUUUGGAAGAUCAAGAUGAAAAGUUGAAAAAUCAGCAAGAUGAUUACAAUGAUGGAAGUUAUAUUUUGAAGAGAAAUACAAAGAAUGAAUUGACAAAGAGUCAAUUAUUGAAAGGAUUUAUCAAAUCACCUCGAAAACAUCAUCAUUUGUCGUCACAAGAUACCACCAAAUCGAAUACGACUUCAACAGCCCCGGAGAUUGGUACUAACAUUUCUGUCACAUCUUCGAAUGGCGUGUCAUCACAUUCAAAACUUCCAAAUAUUGAAAUAUUUGAAGAAAAUCAAGUGCCACAUAUUCGAUUCAUUUCAAACAAUCGAAAGAGUGUUUAUUUAAUGGAUUAUUAUCGAACGGCUCAGAGAGAUUCUUCGACCCUUAAUUCUCCAACUUUGCUAUUUAAGAGAAACUUUUCGGAUGUUGAAGAAUUGUCGGGAAGUUUGAGCGGAGAUGGAAACAAUUUAUUUCCAUCGGAAUUGAAGGGAGUGCAAUUUGAGUAUACCAAUUUCCAUCCAUUGAAUCCAUAUCGAAAAAUUUAA